CAGCAGGAUUCCGAGCAGCAGCAGCCACAGGAUUCCGAGCAGCAGCACGAGUCUGAGCAGCAGCAGCCUUCUGCACAAGAGCAGCCUUCUGAGCAGCAGCAGCUUUCUGAGGAGGAGCAGCUGGAUUCCAAGCAGAAGAAGCAUUCCAAGAAGCAUCGCCGCUCCAAAGAACGGCACCUCUCUCAGCAGCAGCAGCAGCAGCCUUCUGAGCAGCAGCAGCCUGAACAACAGCAGCAGCAGUCCGAGCAACAGCAGCAGCAGUCCGAGCAGCAGCAGCAGCAGCCUGAGCAGCAGCAGCAGGAGCAGUCCAAGCAGCAGCAGGAUUCCAAGGAGAAGCAGUCCAAGCAGCAGGACCGUUCCAAGAAGCUACGCCGCUCAAAGCAAAAGCAGCUCUCUCUGGAGCCUGUCAGUUCCUCCCUGGAAAUCUUCCCAGACAUCAUCCAUGAUGUGCCCCUGUUCUCUAUCAACCCCGACCACGGCACCAUCGCUCCUGGCCGGCAGCAGACCUUCCAAGUGCUGUUCUCCCCAAAGUGUGUGGGGAACUUUGAGAUCACCAUGCUGUGCAGCAUUCCUAACCUGGAGCCGAGUCGCAGGAGGGUGCGGGUGAUUCUGAAGGGCAGAGCCCGGGAUCAGAAGAGUUUUGAUAGAGAGAAACGCUCUGCCUUACGGCAGGCAGAGGAAGGCCAGAGACCCAAGAAGCAGGUGCGCUGGCAGCCAACACCCGAGUGAAGGCAUUUGUGUCAGCUGGAGCAUACAGCAGGAGCUGGCAACAUCUUGUUUUUCUGCUGCUGAUGGUCUCCCACCUCCUACCUGAGACCUCUGCAGCCACCCUCCCAAGCUCCAGUGGACACCUCUGAAUUAUCAUUUAACUAACCAGUUGUUAGUUAAUUGGUAAUUAACUAUUAAUCACUCUUCAUUAAAGAGGUGUUCACA